AUGCCCUUCCACCAACAAGAAUUCACCACCCGCCCCCCACACCCCCCAGCAGGCACGCCCCCAGACUCGCGCACCACACACCCAUGGUACAACGUCGGGCCGGGGAUCUGGGAGCUGCUAUUGAACGGCGACGCCGAGCACAAAUCCGUGCUGCAGUGGUGGGAACCGAACAACAUCUCCACACAAAUCGAGCCCAUUACGCACACGUACAUUGAAGAGGUGUGUUUCAUUGAGGGCGGGCUCGAGGAUCUCUCGCUGAAGCAGGCUUGGGGCGUGGGCGCGUAUGCGUACCGUGAGCCCGGGAUGAAGCAUGGACCUUAUCGGGCUUCGGCGGAGGGGUGUUUGCAGUUUGUUAAGGUUGUGCCGCCUUCUCUUCGUGCUUAG